GGUUCAUUUUUGCACAUUUCAAGGGAUAUUUUCUUCGGAACAUGAUUGAUUCCGCAUUAAGUUCAUUUGGAGCUCAGGUUAUUUUAUCAGCGUCCAGCGAUGAGAAUUACCCUCCGGAAAACAUAAUUGACGGAAACACAGAGUCCUUUUGGAUAUCGACUGGCAUGUUUCCGCAAGAGUUCAUCUUUCGCUUCACAGAUACAGUGAAAAUGUCCCUCAUAAACAUUCACUCUUACAAUGUUAAAAAUCUUAGAAUUGAGAAAAGCACUUCAAGUGAUGCGACAGAUUUUGAAGUUAUUGCACAAAAGGAAUUUGAACACACAGAAGGUCACCUACAGGAAAAUGAUUUUUCGCUCAGUGGCACUACUGCAACACACUUACGCUUCAUCAUAACAUCUGGAUAUGAUCACUUCGUUUCAGUACACAGGGUGGCCAUAGAAGGAACACGAUAAUAAUUCAAUGUUAAGACACUAAUUAUUGUAGGUACUGAGUUUGUUCUGAGUUGGCAGUUUCAGACUUGGGAUUAUAAAAGUGUUAACAGCUACAUCUUGUACAGAAUUGUGUAUGCAUCUUAAUUAUGUACCACACUGCACCUGCUUCUUUUUUAAAAUCUAAUUAAAUGUCAAAGAUUUCUGCUUCAAUAAAUAUUUUUAUUUCAAACAAAA